AUGUCUUCCAACGAGCUCGCCCCGAGCUUCGCGCCCUUUUUCGGCAUGAGCGGCAUCGCCUUUGCUAUGAUCUUUGGAUGCGCCGGAGCUGCCUAUGGCACCGCCAAAGCUGGCAUCGGCAUUGCUGGCAUCGGCACGUGCAGACCCGACCUGAUCAUGAAGUCUCUGAUUCCCAUUGUCAUGUCGGGUAUUCUGGCCGUCUACUCGCUCGUCAUCUCGGUGCUCAUCGCUAGCGACAUCAAGCCGCCGCCCAACAACACGUACUCGCUGUAUGCUGGAUUCAUGCACAUGGCCGCCGGCCUGUCUGUUGGUCUGUCGGGCCUCGCUGCAGGCUACGCCAUCGGAAUCGUGGGAGAUGCUGGCGUGCGCUCCUUCAUGCGCCAGUCGCGAAUCUUCGUCGGCAUGGUGCUCAUUCUCAUUUUUGCCGAAGUCUUGGGGCUCUACGGCUUGAUUGUCGCCCUCAUCCUCAACACGCGCGCCAGCGGCUGA